GUACUUAACUGCUUCUUAUUUCGAAGAGAAUGUGUGGACUGAUGAGACACUUCUGUCAGAAGAACACUCUUGUCCCAAUUGGUCUAGUGGUUAGGAUUCCGCCCUUUCACGGCGGCGGCCCGGGUUCGAUUCCCGGAUUGGGAAGGAUUAGUUUUUGUUUCUUUUCCUUUCUUUCUAUUAUCGUCACUCUCAUACACGACCUUUACUUCUUUAAGAGGCAAAUUAUUUUGAACUGCUGCUGAUAUACGUUUCCCGUAGAGUAAACUUUUUUUUUUAACACACUUGAAGAUGGCAGACUACAUUUAACAAAAGGUGUCUUCAUAUACGUGUACAGGUAUAUACUGUCAAAGCGACAACGCUGUUCGAUAAAACAAUAAUCUCUGGUAUAGGUGGCUUGUAUCAAUACUACUUUCAACAUUCACAUAAAUUAAAGUUACACAAUACUUGGAUAUCUUGCGGACUGAGUUCAUUGGGAGAGAUUAUUACUCAAAACUGGAACAAAAGCUUGGUCAAUAUAACAGGACCCGUUUUGCCUGUAAACGUUUGGACUCAUAUUGUCGAAACAUACAGUUUUACAAAUGGUGUUCGGAUGUAUAUAAACGGUACAUUAUAUGGUGUUAGAAGUUCCUUUAGUUACUUAGCAAGUGGCGUACCUAAUACAAUCACUUUAGGAAAUCCAUUAAAUGGAACAAAUUGUACAUCAUCACCAGUCAUACCUGGACAAUUUUACGGCGCCAUGGAUGAAUUUCGACUAUAUUCUAGAGAGUUAAACUCAACAGAUGCUUAUUCACUUGCUCAUUCAUAA